CCCACGUGUCGGCCCCUCCACCACUACAAUAUAAAACCCGUUCCUCAUUUUCCUUCCGCUUUCCCUCCCAUAAAAAUCUUCUCGCCUGAACGUCUCUUCCUUCUUCUGAUCUUCUCCUAGCUUCUCUCUGCAUCCCAAAUCACAAACAUCCUCACAGGAAACGAUGAUUGGGAUCCCUAAAAAGCGGCAGCGCGUGUCUCCCACCGCAAGCAUCACGGACGCGUUCUUCAACGACCCCUCCACCGCCGACGUCAUCCUCCGCCUCUUCGUGGACCCAACCACCGCCACCACUCCCACUCCAGACUCCGAUGACGACUCCUCAUCCAACAACAACAACGACCAAUGCGACGACGUUCAGAUUUACCUUCACUCCCACGUGCUCCACCGCUCCAAAUACUUCUCCGCCCUCCUAUCCGGCCGAUGGCAACAACACGAUCCAAACUCGAAUCUGGCACCGUUCAAGCUCAAACUGGGGGUCCCACCCACCCCUGGGUCCCUCCAGUGCUACCUAACCGUCCUCCAACUCCUCUACUGUUCCGAUCUCUCCGGUUCCAUCGAUAGCGCUUCCACCGCCCUCGAUCUCCUCCCCAUCGCCCUGGAACUUCUCUUCGAAGACUGCGUUAAAUCCUGCGUCCAAUUCCUCGAGGCGGUGCCUUGGACCGAGGACGAAGAGAAGCGAGUGUUAAACCUAAUCCCGUUUUUGAGAGGCGAAGAGAGUAAAGAACUCCUCGCUAGGGUUUUGCCCGGUCGAAACGACUCGUGCGAGGAAAUGCUGCACGGUCUGGUCUCUUCGGCGAUCCACAAUUACCCAAACAUGGCGUUCGUGAAGGCCUUCGUGGCGAAGCUUUUGAGAGACUUCUCGUCGAGGGACUCCGCCAAGAGGGUCCUGGAGAGGGCCUUCGAGAGGAGCCUCAAGGUCGUGAAGGAGUCCUUGGAGGAGUACUCGAGCCCGGACUUCAGAGGGGACCACAACGAGACCGAAGCGAUACAAAGGCUGAAUCUGCAUACGGCCAUGACGAAUGGCAAGCAUUUGCUGUGGCUGGUGGAGCGCAUGAUCGAGCUGAGGGUGGCCGAUUCGGCCGUCAAGGAGUGGAGUGACGACGCGUCCUUCACGGCCGAUUUGCAGAGGGCGUUUCGCGAUGAUGCGUGGCGAAAUAUCGUGCCCGGGUUGCCGGCUGUUGUGCUCAGGUGCACCUUUAAGCUCGCCAAUGCGGUCGCCGCAGGCACCAUUUUGGCCACCAGACAGGUUAGAAGGAAGCUUGUGAAAGAUUGGCUUCCUGUUCUUAUAGUAUGCAAGGACAAUGUCUCGCCCAUGUCACCUGGUAACAAAUCACUCUACCUGGAAUUGGAGGAGACAUUCCUGAGAAUAAUCUCCACGCUACCCAUGUCAGAUGCACAGGAGUUGUUGCAGCAGUGUCUCAGCUUCUCAACCCGAAAUGUUGAAGAUUGCCCUCACUUGUUUGCAGCAUUCGACACCUGGUUCCGACGCACAGCCCGGCCUCCACAGCCCGAAAACCUCUCUUAGAAAGUACUGGUGUUUAUGUUGUGGUUGUAGAUAACUGUUGCGCCAUUGUGCUGUUGUCAUUACAGAGGUUUAGCCUUUUCUGUCAAUAUUGUGCAUAUUAACCAGUGUUCAAAUGGUCAGAACUUCGUGUGGACUGUGUACAUAAAACUGGAUCUUUCCACCUCUGCAAUAGAAGCAAGCCUGAAUGCUUUUGAUA